AUGACCGCCAAGAAGCUCCACAACCGCGAGAUCAACCGACCCUAUUACCGGAAGUACGAGAGGGUCAGCCUGACCACUUGCGACAACUGGCGGACGCCGAUGACGGGUUACCCUGUGUUGUUUAUGCCCAUGUGCCAGGCGUUGAUCCGACAACUAAGAAGUGUCACCCCCAUGCUGGAGCUUGGACAAUCCCGUUUAUCGAAAGUACCUCUCUCCUCCGGCCGCCAGGGCUCCGACCACCCGCCAGACCGCUGGUAG